GUAAUGGCUACUGAACUUGCCUCGUUUGGAAUACAGAAGCUUUGGGACUUACUAAGCCAGGAAUAUGAAAAAUUUCAGGGAGUUGAAGAUCAAGUUACUGAACUAAAAGGUGAUCUAAACAUGUUAAAGUCAUUUUUGAAAGAUGCAGAUGCUAGGAAACAGACAAGUGCAGUGGUGAGAAACUGUGUAGAAGAGAUCAAAGGAAUUGUUUGUGAUGCGGAGGAUAUAAUCGAAACCUUUCUUCUGAAAGAAAAAUUUAGAAAAACUAGUGACAUCAAGAAGCAUAUCAGAAGACUUGCUUGCGUUAUUCCAGAUCGGGGAAAAAUUGCGUUGGAUAUUGAAAGCAUAAGUAAGAGGAUCUCCAAAGUGAUUCAAGUUAUGCAAAGUUUUGGAGUACAUCAAAUGAUUGCUGAUGGCAGUCACAUGCAACCUCUACAUGAUAGACAAAAGGCGGCCCGACAAACAUUUUCUAAGGACUACGAAAGUGAUCUUGUGGGGUUAGAAGCAAAUGUAAAGAAACUAGUUGGAUAUUUUGUGAACGAAGAUAAUGUUCAAGUGGUUUCUAUAACUGGGAUGGCUGGUGUCGGUAAAUCCACCCUUGCUAGACAAGUCUUUAAUCAUGAGGAUGUAAAAAAACAGUUUGAUGGACUCGCAUGGGUUUGUGUUUCACAAGAUUUUACACGAAAAAAUGUGUGGCAAAAGAUUUUGGAGAAUCUCACAACCGAAGAAGAAGAAAAGAAAAUAUUGGAGAUGACGGAAACUACACUACAAGGUGAACUAUUUAGAUUGUUGGAAACAUCAAAGUCAUUAAUUGUCCUUGAUGACAUAUGGAAAGAGGAAGAUUGGAACUUAAUCAAGCCAAUAUUUCACCCAUCGAAUAAAGGCUGCAAGAUGUUGUUGACGUCUAGAAAUGAGAGCAUCGCCGUGCGUGGAGAUACAACAUAUAUCAAUUUUAGACCAGAUUGCCUAAAUGAUGGAGAUAGUUGGACACUUUUUCAAAGGAUAGCACAUCCUAUGAAAGAUGCACCCGAAUUUAAAAUUGAUGUGGAAAUGGAAGAGAUGGGUAAGCAAAUGAUCAAACAUUGUGGGGGAUUGCCUUUAGCUAUCAAAGUGUUAGGAGGUUUCCUAGCUGCAAAAUACACAUGGAAAGAUUGGAAAAGAAUUUCAGAGAAUGUUAGAUCUCAUAUCGUGGGAGGAGCCUAUUCCGAUGAAGACAACAACAGUUCAGUUUACCAUGUAUUGUCUAUGAGCUUUGAAGAGUUGCCUAGUCAUUUGAAGUAUUGUUUCCUCUACUUAUCCCAUUUUCCAGAAGAUUAUCCAAUAAGUGUGGAGAAAUUGUCGUACUACUGGGCUGCAGAAGGAAUUCCAAAACCAAGGCAUUACAAUGGAGAGACUAUCCGCGAUGUUGGAGAAUACUACAUAGAGGAGUUAGUGAGGAGAAAUAUUGUUAUUUCCGGGAAAGACGUUAAGACUUUGAGAUUUGAAACAUGUCAUUUGCAUGACAUGAUGAGAGAAGUUUGUUUGUUUAAAGCCAAAGAAGAGAAAUUCCUACAAAUUUCCAAUACCCGCUCCCCGACCACAAGCUAUGAAUCUUCUUGCACAUCUCGCAGAUUUGUCUCGCAGAAUCCUAUUACGCUACAUGUUGAUGAAGAUGUAAAUAAUUCUAAAAUUCGAUCUCUCUUGAUUGUCAUGGACUAUGAGAGAAAAAGUAUGAUGCUAUCAGGUUCAAGCUUUGGAAGGUUAGAACUGUUGAGGGUGUUAGAUCUCUCUAGAGCAAGGUUUAAGGGAGGAAAGUUACCUUCUGGCAUUGGGAAACUCAUCCACUUAAGAUACUUGAGCUUAGAGAGGGCUGAGGUAUUGCAUCUACCUUCUUCUCUAGGAAACCUAAUGUUGCUUAUCUAUCUAAAUUUAGAUGUAGAACUUAUCUACGAGAGAUGUUUAUUCGUGCCAAAUUUCUUGACGGGAAUGAAGGAAUUGAGAUACCUUGCUUUACCACGGGCUAAGAAUUGGAAGACAAAGUUGGAACUAGGUAAACUAGUAAACUUGGAGACCUUGGAAAGUUUUUCAACAAGGUGUAGCAGCUCAGAGGAUCUUCGAGGUAUGGCCAGGUUGAGGAUUCUCAGCAUUCUUUUAAUGGGUAAGACGAGUAUAGAAACUCUAGUUGCAUCAAUAAGUGGACUGGAACACAUAGAAAAUCUCAAAAUAGAUGAUUAUGAGCGUCAGAGGACAAAUGAAGAAGGAGUGUUAUUGGAUUUUCUUCAUCUCAAACAGUUGAUAUUGUAUGUAUAUAUGCCAAGGUUUCCUAAAGAACCAUCAUUUCCUUCUAACCUUACGACCUUAGAGCUAAAUUAUUGUGGUUUGGAGGAGGACCCUAUGCCGAUUCUAGAGAAGAUGCUUCACUUAAAUAAGCUCUAUUUGUCACAUCAAUCUUUCUCUGGGAGGAGAAUGGUUUGCUCGAGUAACGGAUUUCCUCAGUUGCAUAAGCUUAUCUUAUGGGAACUAAAGGAAUGGGAAGAAUGGAUAGUAGAAGAAGGCUCCAUGCCUCUUCUUCAUACUCUCUAUAUCUGGAAUUGUCAGAAGUUGAAGGAGCUUCCCGAUGGGCUGCGAUUCAUCUAUUCCUUAAAGGAACUCUGUAUGGACAAGGAAUGGGUAGAGAGAUUGGCGGUAGGAGGAGAAGAUUAUUACAAAGUCAAACACAUUCCUUCUGUCAAAUUCCGAACCUACGAAUGAGGGUCACAACAACUACAGACUAUGAACAAGGUAAAAAAAUUUAUCCUCAUGUUUUAUGUAUGUUUUCAAAAUGGAUUUAUGAA